AUGCUGACCAUGUUCCUGUCUGCAAAACACAACCAAACCAUAGCCGACCACAUCUCAACCAAGGGGAUUCGAUGGCACUUCAACGUACCAGCAAGUCCUCACUUCGGUGGCCUAUGGGAAGCAGGAGUCAAGAGUGUCAAGUUUCACUUAAAACGAGUGAUUGGAUCUCAACGCCUCACAUUCGAAGAAUUUACGACAACAAGUGCGAGAAUCGAAGCAAUACUCAACUCCCGUCCCCUUUGUCCUGAAUCGAGCGAUCCCAGUGAUCUCACUACGUUAACCCCCGGACAUUUCCUUAUUGGUACCGCUCUCACCUCCAUCCCUGAACCACAUCUCCAAGAUUUGCAAAUAAGUCGCCUCUCCCGAUGGCAACUCCUCCAGAGAAUAACUCAAGAUUUCUGGAAGCGGUGGUCCUCCGAAUAUCUCACCAGAAUCCAACAACGAACUAAAUGGAUCUACGGUGACCACAAGAUAUCAAUUGGUGACCUAGUCCUCAUCAAACAUGAAAAUUUACCCCCCAUGCAAUGGCAACUCGGACGAAUCACGCAACUCCACCCUGGACCAGACUCCGUUGUUCGUGUCGCAACAGUGAAGACAGCAACCGGAGAACUUAAGCGUCCCUUGGUGAAGUUGUCCCCACUUCCCAUCACUUCCGCAUCGGAUCAAGCCGUCUCAUCCACACCACAAUAA